CAGCAGGUAAGGCAAAUGAAAACACGGGUCCUGCCAGCCACUAGAGUCAGUCCGAGGAUGUCAGAAUCACCUCACGUGAUUCCUAGGAAAAGCCUCCGGGCUCCCGUGGCUCUUACUGCAGCCCCAAGAGGAGGGAACGAGGAGUCAGUGAGGAAGGCUGACCUGGGAGAAGAGGGUGAUUGAAAGAAAUCAGCGUGGAGCUGGGGCCCCCAAAGCCUGGAGGCUUGAGGAGAUGGGGUGUGUUAGCUAGAAUCCUGAUCUGAGCCCUACCCUGCGGAGAGUGACUACUUUCCCCGUUUUCUUGAGAAGAAAGAUUCCCAGGCGGUGCCUCAAGGAGCCUAAAAACAUCCUGGGGCAUAAAAGGACGCUGGAAGGUCAACUGGAAGGAAGGCUGGGCAGCCUGAGGCCCCGAAGGCUCCUGAGCCAGGCCGGGGGACAGGCAGGCAGCAGGUGGGAACCGUCUCCUUGGCAGAGGCUUGUCCAGAGAAGAGGUGGGGCUCGGCGGUCUGGCGCCCCCGCCGGGCCCUCCCAGUUCUGCCUCUCGCCUUACCCUCUCUGGGCACCUGCUGGCCUGGCCGUGGCAGCCACUCUGAGACACUGGGAGCCUGGAGCUUGUCCUUAGGAGGUUCCAAGUCCAGCAAGGAGGAUGGCCCGUGAGCAGGCGGUAAAGGGAGGAGAGCAGCAGACCGUCGCAGGGUAACGCGGGUAGAGCUGGUGAACAGCGGGGCAUCUGGCCCAGCCUGGGAGAGAGGCCUGUGCUAGCGGUACUCGGGCUGGAUGGGGCAGCGCUCCUGGCCGGCAGGAGAGCAGAGGCUCGGAGGGAGAAUGCUGCAGAGCCGGUGAUCUGGAAGUCUGCAACAGCUGGAACACAGGCGGUGAGGCGCCUGUUGUAAGAGGUUCGCUGGGUCAGCGCGUAGAAGCCCUUGGCGGCCAAGCUCAAGAUUGAGGUAUCCAGGGAAGCAUUCCAGGCAGGAGAGGAGCGCGGUCAGGUUUUCAAGCUGGCGCCAUCUGGAGAAGGGGGUCUGGAGCCAGAAAGGCUCAGCUUGCACUCCCAUUGUCCGGGCUGCAAGCCCUGGCUUGGGCUGGCGACCCCAGGAGAGAAAGCCCGGCUCGGUGCGCAGGGGAAAGGGCAGAGUCGAGAGAAGCAGGGGGGAAGUGGGUUCCGUUUGCCUGUAUUCUAGCUUAGGAGUGGGAGGCUUCACUGAGACCACUUGGUACAACCCGCUAAGGUGGGCACAUCACCAGCCCCACUCCCAUCCGUGCCUCGGACCUGAGCAGAGCAGGAGGCCCCGCCUUGGCUCCUCGGAGGCCCCAGGCACGGGGGCAGCUCCAGGAAACUUAGGUUUUGAGCUGACACCAGUGCUCGCGGUGGUGAGGGGCUGCCCCCCUGGAGGAGGCCGGGGGCAUGGGUUGCCAGGCUGUUGGGUGAGGAGUGAUCCAACUAGGGUGGGGCAGUGGGGCCUCAGAUGGGCCACCGUUUUCCUCUCCAAAGGAAAGGAACUUUUCUUUGUGAAUUUUUUUUUUUUUUUAAACACAAAUACCUUACAGUGGUAGAAAACUUAGGAAAUGCUAAGCAGAGGAAAAGAAAAUAAAACCACCGUGUUUAUGCUACCCAGGGGUCAUCAGGGCUCACGUUUGUUUUUUUUAAUGUUUAUAUUUUGACAGAGACAGAGCGUGAGCAGGGGAGGGGCAGAGAGAGAGGGAGACACAGAACCCGAGGCAGGCUCCAGGCUCCGAGCUGUCGGCACAGAGCCCGACGCGGGGCUCAAACUCACGAACCGCGAUAUCGUGAGCUGAGUGUUAACUAACUGAGCCACCCAGGCGCCCCGGGCUCCCAUCUCGAUAUGUCUCUUUCCAGGUCUUUUCAGUACACACGUGUGAGAGUGCUGAUUGGUGCAUCUCCUUUUUCCUGAAGCGUCCCCAAGGUGAUGGCAGUAGCCUAGCGGUCUGGGACCCUCCCCCGCCGCAGCGUGGGGAGCCUGGUUCUGUGAGCUACUGGCUCCCGCAUCUCACCACCCCCGCGGCUUUGCCGAGGUUGUGCCCGUGCUAUGGAGAAGAGGCUUCGGAUAAAGGAAAAGUUGCGAAUUCCUUCACUUCUUGGGUGUAUAUAGAAUGUCCCGGAUUUGGUUGGAUUUAAUGGGCGGAACAGCGAAGGACACACCCAUCUUGCCGGAAGCGGAGAUCUCCCUGCCUUUUUGUGUGAAGAGUGUGGCUUCAGCCGGCUGCUGAGGAGCCUGGAGUUCUUGGCUGUGGUUUUUUCCUCUGAGUCGGAAUCAUUUUCUCCCCGGGCUUCCAGAAUCACCAGAGGAAUCUUCAUGGCAGAAUCUCCAAGCCGCGCCACCUUCUCUCUCUGAAGCCAAGCCCACCACGCCCUAGAAACUUCCCUGGAACGUCCUGUCUGUGCCUGGCUGAUGCGGAGACUUGCCGUCCCGGUUCACCUUGUCGCCUCUGUUCUGAGAAGGCGAUUUGAGCUCUCCUAUGCCGAGGCGCCCAGAAACCACCGCGGACCUCCUUCUUUCCUGCGCCGGUAAGUCCCAAGGACUUUUGUUUUCUUCUGUAGCCAAGUGAGUAAAGAGGUCGCCUCCGGGGGAGGGGGCGCGGCACGUGGCCUCCUGGGCCCGGGGCAGCCUCCCCCCACUUUCUUGCUCCCGCCCCCACCCCUGUCGUCUCUCUCUCAUUUCAUUUUUUUUUUUUUUUUUUUUUUUUUUAAUCUUUACCGCCUACGUCUUUUUCUGCUCUGGUCCGCUCACGGCCUUGUCUCCCCACCAGGAGUCCCUCCCUCGCCACCUGUGGGUGUUUUUACAGCUGGGGAGGGACCCAGCAGCCCCGGGGGUUCAGCACCUCGCCAGCCUCUUAGGGCUCUCGGCCAGCUCUGCAGGGACAGAGAUGAGCCGCUCUGGGGCUGCGGGCAUCUGCUCCCGGUUUGUCUUCGCCGGCCUGUGGUUUUCUAUUUUUGACCCUACGGAAAUUUUUCUUUUUCUUUAUGGUCUCCGAUUCGGGGCUCCAGGGAAGGGGAGAAAGGCCUCCCUCGCUCCACGGUGACAAAUGCUGGCUUUACCGUAGGCCUUUCUUGGUGUCGUUUUACUUGCAGGUGUCCGACCUCCCCCCGCCCCCGGCAGUCGGCAGCUGAGGGUCUGCUGGCAUUUUGAUGAUUGUUUCCAGUUGUCCCAACGGGACUUACUUGAUUAAGCCUCGUUUUCUACAUCGAAUGUACCACUUUGCCUUCAUCGUAUGGCAGAUUCUCGUACACUGGAACCAAAAAUCGACCUUCUUGAUCAGCACACGGAAAUCAAAAUAAUGAAUAGCAGUUUUCACCUCUUGGUUUGGCAAACAAAUUUUUUUUUUUUUUAGUUUGAGGAUACGCUGUCCUGGGGAAGGAGUAAGACCGCGUUCUUGUGCUCUGUCGGCCCGAGGGGUGUCAGUGGGCACGUGCUUUUGCGAACAACUUGGCAAAAGUCACCAACAGUUUUUUGUUUUUUAAACGCACGAACUUUAUUUGUUUAACCUUUGUUUUUGAGAGAGACAGAGACAGAGCCCGAGCCCGAGUGUGAGCAGGGAAGGAGCAGGGAGAGAGGGAGACACAGAAUCCGAAGCAGGCUCCGGGCUCCGAGCUGUCGGCGCACAGCCCGAUGCGGGGCUCGAGCCCGCGAACUGUGACGUCGUGACCUGGACCCAAGUCAAAAGCCAGACGCUUCGUUAGCCCCCGGAGCCAGCAGGAGCCCUACGUUUUUUGCCAACGCACGUUACUCUUGUAGGUUCCCUGUUCCCCUCCGUUCCGUCCUUCCCUGUUCCAACACGGGGACACGUGGGUUGUGGCGACUGGGAGAAAACCAGAAUAAUCCCCACUGCGGGACAGCGGUUACCGCCGAGAAGGGGGCCAAUCAGGGAGGGCGCAGAGUGGCUCCGAGGACGGUGACGCUCUGUCUCUUGGCCCGGGCGGGGGCACGCGAGUGCUCAUCAUUGCUCUCUUACCUGCACACGUUUUCUAUCCGCACGUGUAGGGAAGAUACACUUCACCAUCCGAACAAAAGGUGCUUAUCACGGGGCGGGGCGGGGGGCGGCACCUGCCCUCAGAGUUGAGGUUGACUUGACUUGACCUCGAUGCCGUUAACUUGCUCCCGUCCUUCAGACCUUCCGUUCCCACUCUGCAGGUUCCCGCUUUAUGCUUUUCCAGUUUUCUGUAUUCCACCAUCUCCUGGAUCCUCACUACUUGGCUCUCAACGCCACCGGCCCGUGAACCUAUCCCAGUAAUGUCCCCCCGGGACCCGGAGAGCAGGAAAAUGCCUUCUUCUACGAGCAAAGAAAUGGUUCGGACCUAGGCGAGAACGGAAUUAGAAUCACCGAAGCUCGUUUUUAUGAAGGACGCGCUGUGUGCCAAGCUGCCCGCGCGGUCUGGGGACAGCGGGGACCCCGCGUCUCUACAGUCCGGCCGGGGGCUUCCCUUCUUGUCGACGCUGGUCAGUGGAUGGCGGGUGCUGCCGCCGGGCUAUCUGGGGACAGGUUUCCGUGUCUGCGGCGGGGAAGGCGUAGGAUCGGGGUAAUAGAUUUCAAAAGCACGGAUUACGGUCUUGCUGCCAGAAGGGUUUUCUGGGCCUGUGUUAGGGGGCAUUUCUGUUUUCUAUCUACUAGUUGAUUCCUUUUUUUAAUGCCAUUUUUAAGUCAAGAAAGGGGGGGGAAUCUCAUCUCGACUUGACUCUGUAUCCGAGGUGCAGUCUCUCUCCACGCGGAGACCACGCUGCCCCCCUCCCCACCCCGCACCGAAGUGUCCUCUCCUGUGGCCCCCCACGGCAGAGGGCGCCGGCUGCCCGACGUUCUCCGGGAAGGGCUUCCUUUGGCCCGGCUUGGGCUGGGUGUCCUCCCCCGGACCCAUCAACCCUGGCCGGAGGGCGGGCGUCUCUAAGCACCCGGCAGACCCUCCGGGGACGCCGGGCCGCUCCCUCGGCCUCACGGCGCUCGGCAGAGGGCAGCGGGGACGAGGCCUGAACGGGCCGCAUCCGGAGAGCGCGGCCAAGAGGCGGGUCUGGGGCCAAGACCUGGGGGAAGGACCCGCCAGAGAGCCACGACCGCACCGCCGGGGGGCUCACGGGGAGAACCGGCGGCGGCUCAGGAGCCAGAGGAGCACAGAGCAGAGCAGCAGCAGGAGACUUGGGUCAGCCGAGCUGCAGGUGGGGCCGAUGCUCGGAGUGCCCGUCCCACAGCGCCCGUGACUCUUGCUUUUUACCCUUGGGCCCGUUCGGGGUCACCAGCUGCGGCUCUCCCGCCCUGAGGCCACGGUUUAUUCACGCCUAGAAUCGGGGCGGCCGGCCCAGAGCAGGGGACCUCGUGGUGCCCGUUAAUGCCCGAAGACGUCUCUGCUUUAUCAGAACCCUCGGCCCAGGCCCGAGCGGCAGCGCAGACCUGAGCCCACACGCCGCUCGGCCACCUGCAGGGGGGCGAGCGGGGGGCCCGACGGGUCCCCCGGGGGGGGGCCGGACACGCCGGACGGCAAGGAACGCGUCAGCGGCGGAAGCAGGCGGCUUGCAGGAUGCGUGGGAAACGGCCCAGCUGCGCGGACCCUCACAGGUAGAGGGAGGGGACCCGCAAACGACGGCCGUGCACGUGUUCUGCGAACACAGGUGCUCGUGGUCAGGAAAGCCGAUCGACGGGUCCCGUGUGUUACUGCCAUUACACCUGCGUGACCGCGGACCCGACGGAGUCCCGUUUCGCACCUAUGGGGACCGCUUUCCCGCACCGCUGUGAGGAAGCAGUAGAAUAACCCCCGAGGACCGGACGGCGGGAUGGCGGGGGCUCUGCUGGGUGCCCUGCUCCUCCUGGAGCUCCUCGGUGGAGGUGACGGCAAGAACGAAGAGCUACGUCUCUACCACCAUCUUUUCGACAACUAUGACCCAGAACGCCGGCCGGUGAAGGAGCCUGAAGACACUGUCACCAUCAGCCUCAAGGUCACCCUGACCAACCUGAUCUCACUAAACGAGAAAGAGGAGACCCUCACCACCAGCGUCUGGAUUGGAAUCGACUGGCAGGAUUACAGACUCAACUUCAGUAAGGACGACUUCGGGGGCAUAGAAACCUUGCGGGUCCCUUCGGAGCUCGUAUGGCUGCCUGAGAUCGUACUGGAAAACAACAUCGACGGCCAGUUCGGCGUGGCCUACGACGCCAACGUGCUGGUCUACGAGGGCGGCUACCUGAGCUGGCUGCCCCCGGCCAUCUACCGCAGCAGCUGCGCCGUGGAGGUCACCUACUUCCCCUUCGACUGGCAGAACUGCUCGCUCGUCUUCCGCUCGCAGACUUACAACGCCCGAGAGGUGGAGUUCGUCUUCGCCGUGAAUGAGGAGGGCGAGACCAUCAGCAACAUCGACAUCGACACCGAGGCCUACACUGAGAACGGCGAAUGGGCCAUCGAUUUCUGCCCCGGACUGAUCCAUCACCACGGGGGCUCCGCGGACGACCCGGGGGGCAUUGACGUCAUCUACACGCUCAUCAUCCGCCGGAAGCCACUCUUCUACACAAUCAACAUCAUCGUGCCCUGCGUGCUCAUCUCGGGCCUGGUGCUGCUCGCCUACUUCCUGCCGGCGCAGGCCGGCGGCCAGAAGUGCACCGUGUCCAUCAACGUCCUGCUGGCGCAGACCGUCUUCUUGUUCCUGAUCGCCCAGAAAACCCCCGAGACGUCGCUGAGCGUGCCGAUGCUGGGCAGGUACCUCAUCUUCGUCAUGGUGGUCGCCACGAUCAUCGUCAUGAAUUGCGUCAUCGUGCUCAACUUGUCACUGCGGACGCCCACCACGCACGCCGCGUCUCCUCGGCUGCGCCACGUCCUGCUGGAGCUGCUGCCUCGCCUCCUGGGCUCCGGCGCGCCGCCCGAGCCCCCCCGGGCCGCCUCGCCGCCCCGGCGCGCGUCGUCGGUGGGCCUGCUGCUCCGCGCCGAGGAGCUGAUACUGAAAAAGCCGCGGAGCGAGCUCGUGUUUGAGGGGCAGAGGCACCGGCAUGGGCCCUGGACCGCCGCCCUCUGCCAGAGCCUGGGCGCCGCCGCCCCCGAGGUCCGCUGCUGCGUGGACGCCGUGAACUUCGUGGCCGAGAGCACGCGAGACCAGGAGGCCUCCGGCGAGGAGGUGUCUGACUGGGUGCGCAUGGGGAAGGCCCUCGACAACAUCUGCUUCUGGGCCGCCCUGGUGCUCUUCGGCGUGGGGUCCAGCCUCAUCUUUCUGGGGGGCUACUUCAAUCAAGUGCCCGAGCUGCCCUACCCGCCGUGUAUGUAGACGGCUCUUCCACCGCCUCCGGGAGGAAACCGGGCGUGAAAAAACCAAGUUGCGGUCGCUGCCGUAGUGGGAUUCUUUCCCAAUGCCGAUAAUAAACCCGGGCCUUUCCGUCUCAA